AUGGAUGAAUUCCAUCUUGGAGCCUAUAAAAGAGAUGAUUUGUACAAAGAAAGGAUGAAUAAUUACCAUGACCGAAGAAUAGAGAAGAGAGAUUUUAAAGUUGGUGAUUGGGUUUACUUGUUCAACUCUCGGCUUAAACUCUUUCUGGGCAAAUUAAAGUCAAGAUGGUCUAUGCCGUUCAAAGUAUGUGAUGUUUUUCCAUCAGGUGUGGUGGAACUCGAAGGUAAAGAUGAAAGUUUGUUCAAUGUUAAUGGGAAAAGAGUCACGAUCUAUGUUGGUCCAAUGGAUGAUGCAAAGCUAUUAUCCACUGUGUAUCUCGAUGAAGUCUAA